GCCGACGCCCCCGGGGCCCCUCGAGCCCCGCGCCACCCCCAGCUCGUCGAGGAGCAGGUGGAGGACGUGGUCACCACGGCGACGGCCGUCAAGGUGAGCGAGAAGAGGCCCAGUGAGCUGGACGCGCGUCUGGACUCCCAGAGUUCCCCAGGGCAGCAGGACGGUGGCGGCGCGUGUCUGAGCGAUGCGAAGGAAGCGACCGACACGACGGACGAGCCCGCGGCAGCGCUGGUGACCGCAGCAGAACAGGAGAGCGCCGAGAAGCGUAGCGAGGAGGAGGAGCGCGGUGCAGCGAAGGCUCGGGCAGAAGCAGAACAGCGCGAGGCCGCCGAGAAGAAGCAGCAGGACGAUAACGAGGAGGUGGAGACCAAAGCCGUGGGCACUUCGCCUGACGGACGCUUCCUCAAGUUCGACAUCGAGAUCGGCCGGGGCUCCUUCAAGACUGUCUACAAGGGCCUCGACACGGAAACAACCGUAGAGGUGGCCUGGUGUGAACUACAGGACCGUAAGCUGUCCAAGUCGGAGCGGCAGCGCUUCAAGGAGGAGGCGGGCAUGCUGAAGGGUCUCCAGCACCCCAACAUCGUGCGCUUCUACGACUCCUGGGAGUCGCCCUCCAAAGGGCGCAAGUGCAUCGUCCUCGUCACCGAGCUCAUGACCUCCGGCACUCUCAAAACGUACCUGAAGCGCUUCAAGGUGAUGAAGAUCAAAGUGUUGCGUAGCUGGUGUCGUCAGAUCCUGAAGGGACUUCACUUCCUGCACACGCGCCUGCCGCCCAUCAUCCACCGCGACCUGAAGUGUGACAACAUCUUCAUCACGGGCCCCACCGGCUCCGUCAAGAUCGGGGACCUUGGGCUCGCCACGCUCAAGAGGUCCUCCUUCGCCAAGAGCGUCAUCGGUACCCCUGAGUUCAUGGCUCCUGAGAUGUACGAGGAGAAGUACGAUGAGUCGGUGGACGUGUACGCCUUUGGGAUGUGCAUGCUGGAGAUGGCCACUUCAGAGUACCCUUACAGCGAGUGCCAGAACCCCGCCCAGAUCUACCGCAGAGUGACCAGCGGGGUGAAGCCUGGUAGUUUUGAUAAGGUUGCCAUUCCUGAAGUCAAGGAGAUCAUCGAGGGAUGCAUACGACAGAAUAAAGAUGAGCGGUACUCCAUCCACAUCCUGCUGAACCAUGCCUUCUUCCAGGAGGAGACUGGUGUGAGGGUGGAGCUGGCCGAGGAGGACGAUGGGGAGAUGAUCGCCAUCAAGCUGUGGCUGCGCAUUGAAGACGUCCGCAAGCUCAAGGGCAAGUACAAGGACAACGAGGCCAUCGAGUUCUCCUUCGACCUCAACAAGGACGUGCCUGAAGAUGUGGCCCAAGAAAUGGUGGACUCUGGCUAUGUGUGUGAUGGCGACCACAAAACGAUGGCGAAGGCCAUCAAGGACCGCGUGUCUCUGAUCUUGCGCAAGAGAGAGCAGCGCAAGCAGGUGCGGGAGGCCCAGCUGGAGGCCCAGCGGAACCAGAACCACAACCAGAACCAGCCGGCAGCAGCAGCAGCAGCAGGGCAGCAGGGUCCGGCAGAACCGGAAGAGUCGGAACACGAGUUGCAGCUGCAGCAACAACAACAGCAGCAGCUGCAGUACCAGCAACCCAACAUCUCCAUGACCUUGGAGGGUGCUGCAGACAGCGGUCAGGGUUCGUCCAUCUUCUCUGAGGUGCACCUGGGUCAGGCCAUGUCCUACAGCGCUGUUCCCGCCCCCCAGCAGGGAUCUGGCCAACCACAGGGCUCGUUCCCGCCCUCCUCUGCCUCGCACAGCCAAUCGCUGCUGGCCCAGCAGCACGCAGCCUACGCGCAGCAGCCAAUGGCUCCUGUAUCUUCUUCUGCUCUCUCGGUGAACUCCAACUCCCAGCAUCCUCCAGCAGCAUCAGUGAUGUCCCCACAGCAGCAGCAGCAAGUACCCACCACUCAACCUGCCGUCUCUGUGGCAGUUCAACAGCAGCAGGCCAGCACUGCUGCCCAGAGCAACACACACGCUCCUGCAGUUCUGUCUUCUCAGCUGAGUGGCAGUGAGAGCCUCCCUCUGAUCUCACCCUCGCCCAGCAUUGAGCGCCUCUACUUCCUGUACCAGGCCGCUCACACCACCACACAGCGAGCUGCACUGCAGACCUGCACCAGUGCCCAUGCUCCGCCCACAAUGGCACACAUCGCCAGGACGACCGUACCCAUGACGACGUCUGCGGCUAUUGCUCCUCCGGCUCUUAAGGUUUCCAUGGCUACAGUGCUGUCGCAGCAGCAGCAGGCAGGGGCUCCGAUGCCGACCCCAAUAUCCGUUCCAGUCGUGACCCCAAUAUCCGCUCCAGUCGUGACCCCGAAACCAGUUCCAGUUGUGACUCCGAAACCACUACUGAUGUCGACCUCAAUACCAGUUCCGAUGUCUACUCCAAUACCAGUGACUACUCCAAUACCGGUUCCGGUGACUGCUGCGUUGCCCCCCAACCUGGUGGUGGCGCCCCCUGUGUGUGUGGGUGUAGCAGUGCCUCUGACCGCAGCAGCAGCAGUGCCUUCUGGGAGUGCAGGUCCCGUCAUGGCCGCCCUCGCCACUCCUCAGGUCACGCCCCCUGUGCCCGUCGCCCCCGGCGAGCCGCCCGCCCCGAAGAGAGACGCCCCUGCCCAGGCUACCCAGAAUGCAUCGCAGCCAACGUCAGCAGAGCAAGCGCAACUCCAACCACUGCCAGUGACCUCCUCCAUAGAGAGUGGUCACUCUGAUGUGGCAUCGGGCCUUAGUGAUGGUAACGAGGGUGCCAUGGCAACAGGCGGUCGUCAUGAGGGUCGCUCAACGAAGCGGGACAAGAGGAGGUCCGUCAGAAGUCGGUCACGUCACGACAAGCUGGGCAAGGCCAAACUCAACGUCCUCAACAUUUCCAACAUGGGGGAUCGUGUUGCUGAAUGCCAGCUGGAGACUCACAACAGGAAGAUGGUGACCUUCAAGUUUGACCUUGAUGGAGACAACCCGGAGGAGAUCGCCCAGAUCAUGGUGGAGAGUGAGUUCAUUCUGGAGAGUGAGAGGGAGUCGUUCAUUGAGCAGGUGCGUGAGGUCAUCGAGAUGGCUGACGAGAGAGGACUGGAGAGAGAGGGCGGCCAGCCUCCUGACCACGAACAGCAAGCACCUGAUGCAACUACACCCCCGACAGGUGUGUUGGCCAGUCUGGGGACUCAGGUGGUCCACUCAACUGGCCGCAGGUUCAUCGUGAGCCCCGUACCGGAGUCUCGUCUCCGAGAACAGUUCUUCAGCCCCACCAGCCCCCCCCUCGCCGAGGACCAGCCUACUGCAGCUCCUGCUGCUGCUGCUCUAGGGUCGGGUCUGUCCCAGUCUGCGUCUGCCGUGAGUCUGCAGCGGGCCUUCGCUGAGAUGCGUCAGGGGCAACAACAGUACGACCCCGGCCCCAGCACCGCCCCCCCCACCCUGCCUGGGGCAACUGGGGCAACAGAACCUCCUGUGUUCCCUCCCCCCUCCACCUCCCCCUCCCUCCCCUCCAUCUCCAUCUCUCCCUCCAUCCCCUCCUCCUCCUCCUCUCUGCCCUCUGCUCAAGCUGCCCCUCAGCUGCCCCUUGCCACCCAGCCUGCCAUGUCCACUGACCCUUCUGCUCCUGCGCCAGUUUCUGUUGCCCUCCUGCCCCCCAGCACAGCCAGCCUGCCCGCCGCCCCUCCGCCCACUGCCCCUGUUGCCCCUGUUGCCCCCGUCUCCAUCAGCAGCGUAGCUGCCCUCUCCGAUGUUGCCCCUGGCGCUGUGGUGCUGGCGGAGCUGCCCCUCUCUGCCCCUGCGGCGGCGGUGCCCACCACUGCCCUCCAGACGCCCCAGCUGAGCCCGCCCACCUCCACACUCUCAGCCACCCCGGCCCAGACGCAGGUGCCGUCUCUGCAGCCGGUGACCAGCAGCGUUCCGCUGGUGCAGCCCACUCCGGUCCACACACACCCGCAGCCGCACACACACACACACACACACACACUGCCCCAUUGUGGCGAGUGUGAGGCGGCCCUGGAGGCGCAGACCAAGGCCCCGGGCAUCGAGGACAUCCACGCCCUCGACCAGAAGCUGCGCUCGCUCUUCAUGGACCUUACCUCUGGCCCCGCCCCCUCCGAUGGCUCUGACCCCGCCCCCACGCCAGGCACCUCCUCCCCCACCGGCUCCAUUGUCGCGGCGACCGCCUCCCCGCAACCCCCCUCCACCCUCCCGCUGGCACCGCAGGGGCAACAAACGGGCCCCACUCUCCCCACGCCAGGCCCCGCCCCCACCUCCGCCACCUACAGCCAGGGCACGCCCGCCAAAACACCCCUAUCCAGAGUACCGGGUGUACCCAUGGGUAUGGACCAGGCUGUUACUCCUCCUGCUGAGUACCUGCCCCCCUUCCCAGGACCCUGCCAAGUUCAGUCCCAGCAGCCUCUUGAGGACCUUGAUGCCCAGUUGAGACGAGCCCUUAGCCCAGAGACUGUUCCCAUCAGCAACGCUCCUUCCCAGGCUGCAACUGGGAUGCCGGCUGGAGGACAGCCAGUGCCGUUCUCUAUGGAGGGGGAGGCUCCACCAGCUCCGGCUCCAGCAGCCUUCACACUGGGCAGAUUCCAGGUGUCCGUGGCAACAGAGGAGGGUUUGUCCCAGCUUCCCACCAGCUCAGCAGGCUCCUCCUCCACGACGUCAUCUUCCUCCUCCUCCUCCUCCUCCUCGCUGUCCAGCCCUGAGCACACGCUGCACAAGUCGUCCUCGCUGCGGCCAGUGCCGAGCCUGGACACGGUGGAUGGCCCGUCCCCUCACACACACGCGCACACACACACACACACCCCGGCCCCCGCACCGCCCCCGACCACCACUAUCGGCCGCUUCCAGGUGACCUCCACCGGCGACACGCGGGUCGGACGCUUCUGCGUCAGCCGCAGCCAAGACGAGGUCGUCACCCUGGCAACCGCCUCGCCCCACGCUCAGGAGCCGCCCUUGUCGCUAGGCAACGGGCCGCCCGCACACAGCCCUGAGGGGAGGAGCCUAAACAACUCCUUAAAGAACUCGUACCUGAGCAGCGACAACGACUCUGAGAUGGAGGACGAGGACUUCAAGAGAGAGAUCAGCCGCCUGAGAGACAAGCACAUGAAGGAGAUCCAGGCUCUACACGUGCGUCAGAAAGAGGAGAGAUCGACAGCUGUUCUCCUGCCUGGGAAGGUGCCCCCCACCAUCAACCCCCCCCUCGUGGUCCCCCCAGGUCGCAGGAGACGCCCCACCAAGACCAAGAGCAGCAAGUCCAGCAGGAGCAGCCAACAGUCAGUGGGCAGUACCCUGUCUGCCCAGAGUGCCCCAGUGGUGUUCCCGUCUCAGCCGGAGCUUGUUGCCCCCUCUGGGGUAACUGACAUGGGCAUCUGCCCCCUCAUGCAGCCCCUGCAGCCCUCCACCUCCAGCGAUGCACUCUGCUCUGCCUACACCAGCGACGCCGCACUGAGCGUGCCCAGUCUGUGUGCACCCACGCCAGGCUGUGUAAAGUUCAGCUGUGGGACGGAGAGGGUGACCUUCAAGCCGGUUGGCAGGAGGACGCGUUUUCUGAGUACGCCGUGCUUGGCUCUUUGGAAGAUGGUGAAAAAAGUGUGCCCCUGCAACCAGCUCUGUAGGACGAGCAGUACAACCGGCGCGGGGAGUGGGUCGCCCAGGGGGCCCCAGAGUGUCCAAGGCCAGCCAGCAGGGGCAGUUUCGAGCGCCGGACAGAGCCGCAAGGGCACCUUCACGGACGACCUGCACAAGCUGGUGGACAACUGGGCCCGCGACGCCAUGAGCCUCUCCCAGGGCAAGAGGAGCGCCAAGGGCUGCUGA